AUGGAGCACGUUAAACGUCAACUUCUAGCCUUGACUCCUUGGCUCACCCCGGAGUCAUUGGACGGGCUUGUAACCGUGUCUGACGGCUUUUCCCUCGGCCGUGCACUCCGUCACGCUGCUGUAGUUGCAGACCGGAUGCGUGACGAUGAUGAUGGCGAGACUAUGGAUGGUCUCCUCGACCUCGAUGGGUUUUCAGCCGACUCCGCGUCCUUUGCCCAGUUGCCACACCCUCCGCCACCCUCUCUGUCGCCAUCCUCUCCGUCACCACCCUCUCUGUCGCCGCCCUCUCCUUCACUGCUUCCCAACGAAGCCCCUUCUACAACGUCCUCCGCCCGGUCAAUCAUUCACAAGAUAUACACCCUCGUAUCGUCCUGCAAGAGCGUCGUGUCCUUCUCUCGGCGAAUUCCAGUCGAACCUUCUACGAGUCCCAAUGCUCAGGCUUCACCUCGCCCGGAACCCUCUUCGUCCGCGCUGCGCAACCCUCGUAACCAACGAGUGGCUCGAAAACGCCGCCACAUACGUGACACCGCUUACCGGGAGCAUGAGGAAGCGAUGAGCCAUCCACUCACUCGAGGCCCGCUCACGUUCUCCGCCCACCUGGUUGAAAAAUACGGCACCGUCAACGUAGCCGACACGCUCCGGAUGAAUUGGUUCUCUGUACCGCGGAUCGCUCACGCUAUUGGUGCAUGGAUUCGCCUUCCGAAGUUCAAGGCUUCCAAGGUCGCAGGCUGA